AUGGAGCUGGCGGUCGGCAACGGCAGCGAGGGCAACGCGAGCGGGCCCGAGGCGGGCGGCCCUGAGCCGUGGCCGCUGCUGGGCAUCGGCGUGGAGAACCUGGCCACGCUGGUGGUCUUCGGCCUCAUCUUCGCGCUGGGCGUGCUGGGCAACAGCCUAGUGAUCACCGUGCUGGCGCGCAGCAAGCCGGGCAAGCCGCGAAGCACCACCAACCUGUUCAUUCUCAACCUGAGCAUCGCAGACCUGGCCUACCUGCUUUUCUGCAUCCCCUUCCAGGCCACCGUGUACGCGCUGCCCACCUGGGUGCUGGGCGCCUUCAUCUGCAAGUUCACGCACUACUUCUUCACGGUCUCCAUGCUGGUCAGCAUCUUCACGCUGGCCGCGAUGUCCGUGGACCGCUACGUGGCCAUAGUGCAUUCACGCCGCGCCUCCUCGCUGCGGGUGUCCCGCAACGCGCUGCUGGGAGUCGCGGUCAUCUGGGCGCUGUCCAUUGCCAUGGCCUCGCCGGUGGCCUACCACCAGCGCCUCUUCCACCGCGGCGCUAGCAACCACACCUUCUGCUGGGAGCAGUGGCUCAACCAGCGCCACAAGAAGGCCUACGUGGUGUGCACCUUCGUCUUUGGGUACCUGCUGCCGCUGCUGCUCAUCUGCUUCUGCUACGCCAAGGUGCUUAAUCAUUUGCACAAAAAGUUGAAGAACGUGUCAAAGAAGUCGGAAGCAUCUAAGAAGAAGACGGCACAGACGGUGCUGGUGGUGGUGGUGGUGUUUGGCAUCUCCUGGCUGCCGCACCAUGUCAUCCAUCUCUGGGCUGAGUUUGGAGUCUUCCCCCUGACCCCUGCCUCAUUCAUCUUCAGGAUCACAGCGCACUGCCUGGCAUACAGCAACUCCUCUGUGAACCCCAUCAUCUACGCGUUUCUCUCCGAAAACUUCAGGAAGGCCUACAAGCAAGUGUUCAAGUGUCCGCUGCGCAACGCGUCACCGCUCAACGACACGAAAGACAACAGGAGUCGUAUGGACACGCCCCCGUCCACCAACUGCACGCACGUGUAA